AGGGGUUAUAUUGACAUUGCGGAACUCUUAAUACAGCUUUCUCGUCGAUGCCUUCCUCACUACACUUGCAUCACACUGUAUCUCCCUGAAAGCACAUCCGCUCUUUUCUCAGUCCGGUAGAACCAAAACCUCCAUUGCUCAAUCCUAUCCAAUGCGGAGCCCAUAAUUCACCUACUAGCUUCCACGGCUCACAUUCCCUCGCGUUUCCACGUGCCGGCGGGCCUCCGGGAAGAAUGGCGGAUUCCGGCAAUAAUAACAGCUCUGGUAAGUUGUCUACCAGCUUUUUCACCUCAAAAACUCAAAUUCUAGGGCUCCAACUGUACGUCGUGAUCGCCGCCGUCGUCGUCAUUUUGGUCUUUGUCUUCGUCCUGAUAUUUCUGUUCCUCCGCCUGAAUCGGAGGUCCGAGCCACGUCGCCUAGGCGUGAAGCGCGGCUCAGGGCUAGUUCCGUUAGUUGCCAAAGAGAUUUCCGGCACCAAAACUCGCGAUCGCUCUGUGAUCUGUAGAGUAAAGGAGCUCGAAGAUAAGGAGAAGGAGACUAAGGCGAUUUUGCGAGAGGAUGCGGCGAAAGUCACUGAUAUCGAGUCCGAUGAUCAUAAGGGAAGUUCCGGAAGCAAUAAUUCCAGUACAAGUCAGUCAUCGUCGUCGACGGACGCCUCGAAUAUUGGAUGGGGCCGGUGGUACAGUUUGAAAGAGCUGGAAACGGCCACCAGAGGAUUUUCAAGCGUAAAUGUGAUCGGAGAAGGCGGAUACGGCAUCGUUUUCAGAGGAGUUUUGCCCGAUGGUUCAGUCGUUGCGGUGAAGAAACUUCUAAACAAGGGUCAGGUAGAAAAGGACUUCAAGGUAGAAGUUGAGGCCAUUGGCAGAGUAAGACAUAAAAACCUGGUGGGUUUGCUUGGUUAUUGUGCUGAAGGGACUCAAAGGUUACUUGUGUACGAGUACAUCAAUAAUGGCAAUUUGGAGCAGUGGUUACAUGGGGAUGUAGGGCCUGUUAGUCCCCUAACUUGGGAUAUUCGAAUGAAAAUCGCAAUUGGUACUGCAAGAGGACUUGCCUAUUUGCAUGAAGGUUUGGAACCCAAAGUUGUACAUCGCGAUGUGAAGUCAGGUAAUAUUCUUUUGGAUAGAAAAUGGAAUGCCAAAGUAUCUGACUUUGGACUUGCCAAGCUGCUAGGAUCAGAGAAAAGCUACGUGACCACCCGUGUUAUGGGAACUUUUGGAUAUGUUUCUCCAGACUAUGCCAGCACUGGUAUGCUCAAUGAGGGUUGUGAUGUGUAUAGCUUUGGUAUUCUACUCAUGGAAAUUAUUACUGGAAGAAGUCCAGUUGAUUAUUCAAGACCACCUGGAGAGAUGAACCUGGUUGAGUGGUUUAAAGGAAUGGUAGCCAAUCGCCGAGGAGAAGAAUUGGUUGAUCCCCUAGUUAAGGUUCAUCCACCUCCAAGAAUCCUAAAGCGGGCAUUGCUGGUUUGCCUUCGAUGCAUAGAUUUGGAUGCGAACAAGCGACCAAAGAUGGGACAAAUUGUCAAUAUGCUCGAGGCUGAUGAAUUCCCUUUCCGGGCUGAACCCAGAACAACUCAAGAAACUGCUCCUCUCUAUACACGAACUAGUAACGAUAGAGAUGGAUUAGCUACCAAGGAUGAAGUGGGUGAUGAUGAGCAGAAACCUAGCUGGAGACGAUAAAUAGUGAGAAGAAAGGGUGAAUGUGUUGUGUAAUGUAAUGUAUAUAUUCCUUGGAACAGUGCAUCAACCUGAUUGAACAUAUAUGCCAGUGUGGACAUAAAGACUCAGGGAUCUUUGGCCUGUGUUAUAUACAGCCUAUCAUUGAUAAGGCUAGGCCAGCCUUGUAUAUAUAAGGUUAUAUUUGUAUGGUUUCUAUGCAGUGAUACAAAAAUUUGUUUUUACCACAUUUUCUACUCUUGUAAACAACUCGAAAUUGAUGAAAAGUUUGAUACUCCUUGAGUGGAUGAAGGGCUUCAUCCAUUCCUAAUAGCUGAUUGUA